AUGGUCUUCAUCACCAUCUCCGACGACAGCAAGAUCAUAACCAGCCUGGACGUGCACGAAGACACGGAAAUUUUCACCAUCAUCAACAUUAUCGAAAAUGACUUCGAGCUAAAUAUGAACGAAAACGAAUUGACAUACAACGGGGCCCCCUUGAACAAGUUCGACACGGUGAAGAAGCUGAACAUAAAUGAAGGGGACCUGCUCUUUGUGAGGAAGAAGUUGAGUCUGGAUUUGAUGCCCCAAGGGAAUUCUAGCACUCAGGCACAAAUGGCAGCAGCAGGAGUAGGGGCGCCUUCCACCUCCACAGGGACUGGAAUCGCGCCCAGUGGUGGUAGCGGCAUGAACGCAAACAGUUUUAACAACGCGGGAGGAAUAAACAAUGCAGCGUUUAAUGCACUGAUGGAGCAUUUCCGCACCGUUCAAGAAAACGAAUACAUAAAAAAAGAAACCGAAAUUUUACUAAACUUAAAAAAUGACAGAGCGAGGAUGGGUGUCCUACAAUUACAAGACAAACAAUUGUAUGAUGCUAUAAAUAGCCAAAAUGUAGAAGAAGUAAAAAAAUUUGUAAAAGAAAAAUUGGAAAAUGAAAAAAAAGAGAAAGAAAGAGAACAACGUAUGUACGAAAAUGCAUUGAAAGAUCCACUCUCAGAAGAUGCACAAAAAUACAUUUAUGAAAAUAUUUACAAAAAUCAAAUAAACUCAAACUUGGCAUUAGCUCAGGAACAUUUCCCAGAAGCAUUUGGGGUUGUUUACAUGUUAUACAUUCCUGUUGAAAUAAAUAAAAAUGUGGUGCAUGCUUUUGUGGAUUCGGGGGCGCAGUCAAGUAUCAUGUCCAAGCAGUGUGCAGAAAAAUGCAACAUUUUGAGAUUAAUGGAUAGGAGAUUUACAGGAAUUGCCAAAGGAGUUGGUACCAAAUCCAUUUUGGGGAAAAUACACAUGGUCGACAUUAAAAUUGGAAACUAUUUCUACGCCGUUUCGUUAACCAUUAUUGAUGAGUAUGACAUUGAUUUUAUAUUCGGCUUGGAUUUGUUGAGGAGACACCAGUGCCAGAUCGACUUGAAGAAAAAUGCCCUCGUUAUUGAGGAUAAUGAAAUUCCAUUCUUGCCGGAGAAGGACAUCAUUGCGAAUUCAUCCCACAGCAUUGACUUCGAUGCCACGAAGGAGUCUACGGGGGGGGCUUA